UUUUUUUAAAUAUAUUUAUCUAAUAUUUAUAAAGUAUAUCAUGGAAAAGACAAUUGACAUCACCAUUUUUGGAGCCACCGGGUUCACUGGCAAAUUUAUUUUGUUGGAGGUGUUGAAGACGGCUGCUCGCGCGUCUACAGGUCAAAAGCCAUUGCGCGUUGCAGUUGCGGGCAGAUCAAGAGAAAAACUCGAGAAACUUGUCGCAUCUUUGCCAUCCACCACAACUGAGAAUCCGUUAAGGAUCAUACCUACCAUUAUAGUGGCCAGUGUUGAAGAUGAAGAAAGUAUGAGAGCCAUGUGUCGUCCAUCCAAGACAUUGGUUGCUGCAGCGGGACCUUACCGUUUCUUGGGCGAGGCUGCAGUAGUAGCCUGUAUUGAAGAAAAGUGCCAUUAUGUGGACAUUACGGGCGAACCCGAGUUCUUUGAAAGGAUGAUACAUCAGUACUAUGAAAAGGCAAAGGCCAACGGAGUCUCGAUUGUUCAUGUCUGUGGAUUUGAUUCGAUCCCUGCAGACAUGGGUGUUCUCUAUACGAAACAACAGCUUGAAAAGGUUCAUAAUGCGUUGCCUUCAUCCAUUGAAAUGUUCUUCAAGGUCCAUGUUGCUGGUAAUGCAGGAUUCGGAGCGCAUUAUGCUACAUAUGAAUCAGCCAUCCAUGGAUUUGGAAACGCUGAUCAACUUCGCCGCUUACGUCGGACUGCAAACCGUCCUCAGAUCCCCAAGGUGGGACCAACCCUGGCAGUGAAUUCGAAGCCUCAUUGGGUCCAUAAAGUAGCAGCCUACACAAUACCCUUCUUUUUCGCAGAUCCAUCUGUGGUUCGAUUAUCACAACAAUUAGUCCUUCAGGAUAAAGAUUUGAAAUCAGUCCAAAGUCCACCUGUCCAAUUCGCAGCCUACAUCUGUAUUCCAACCUUCAAGGCUUUAGCAAUAACCAUCUUUGCGUCAACUGUGUUUGGAUUGUUGGCUCCGUAUGAGUUUGGACGUAAAAUAUUGAUGAAAUACCCUCGAUUGUUCACCAUGGGAGUAUUCAGCCAUGAGGGCCCAUCGACUCAACAGUUGGCAGAGACAUCAUUCUCUGAAACAUUUUUUGCUCAAGGAUUCUCCAAGGAGUUGAGAGACAAGUAUCCCAAAACUCCAGAGGCACUUCGACAAGUUGAGCCUGACGUGUCGAUCAUCACCAACGUCAGUGGACCUGAGCCAGGUUAUAUUGCAACACCCAAGAUGGCUGUCCAGGCAUGCUACACGAUCUUACUGGAAAAAGAUUUGAUUCCAAAUGGUGUAUUGACCCCUGCAGUCGCAUUUGCAAAGACAAAGUUGAUUGAUCGUUUGCAGGAGCAAGGAAUUAUGUUUUCGACUGUGCAAAACAUUGUUGUUUAAAUUCGUAAAGUCUUUUUGAUCUUUAAUAUACAGUAAAAAUAAUAAAC